AUGCGACGCUUGCGCGGUAGUCGUUCGAAUACGGAACAUAUAGCGAUUCACGACAAAGAUGGAAAUGUUUUAACCAACAGUAAAGAUCGGUUAAAAAGGUGGAGAGAAUAUUUUGAUGAAAUGUUCAACGUAAAUACAGCGGUCAAUGAACAAACUCUACAGCAAAUUCCAACUUCUUUCAUCGAUCAACAAGAACUCUCCCGUCAGGAUGCUGUACCGACUGUGGGUGAAGUUGUGAGACCAAUCCAACAGAUCAAAAAUAGGAGAGCUCCAGGAAAAGAUGAAGUAGCUGCAGAACUUCUAAAAGCAGGUGGUCUGCCUCUAGCAGAAUGGAUACAUGAAAUCAUUCGCGUUAUCUGGGAACACGAAGUCAUGGUAAAAGACUGGACUGUAGCUGUCCUCAUACGAAUGUAUAAGAAUAAGGGUGAUAAACGGAUUUGUGAUAACUAUAGAGGUAUAUCCAAGGAGGAAAAAGCGGAUCCCAGACCCCAGGAUCCUGCAGAUCCCGAUGGAUCCUGUGGAUCCCGGUGGAUCCCAUUGGAUCCUGCUGGAUCCCAUUGGAUCCUGCUGGAUCCCACUGGAUCCCGGUGGAUCCCGUCUGAAUCCUGAUGAAUGUUUCCAAGUGUUUUUGAGACCGUAUUAGCUUCCAAUUUCUCUUGCUUAGUUGGGUGUGGGUGUCGAUUAAGAUCUGAUGCAGUCAGAAAUUUUAUUUUUCGAUAGGUUCUGUAAGUGUUUUUUCUCAUUAUUAUCAUUAGAAGACAGAUUCUCAGAAUUAUUAGCCCCUUGUAGAAUGUUGUUUUAAAGUUUAUUGUUGCUGAACGAUAAGCUAAAACAUGUUAGAGAAUAAGAAUCAUAUAUAAUACAUAAGAGUGAAAUUUUAUUCUGACAAAAAGAGUGCCGAAGAUCAAAUACUUCAUCACUAGAUCUCACGUCAUUCAAUUAGAGUUCAUGUUGAGAUAAGUGAAAAAAUGAUUAAGGUUUUGAUUGAGACUAGUACAAUAAAGUUUAGUGCGCUUCCUUUUUUAUUUCACCGUUUCUAAUCGUUGCAUAUAUCACAAUUAUCUGUCACAAUAACAUUAUUUCUGUCGCAUACACCUAUAUUCGUCUCCAAUAAGUACAAUAUAUAUAUAAUGACUAUCGACUUAGAUAAUUUACCUGAUGAAGCCCUUUUCUUCUCAAAAGAUCAAUGUUACAAAUUUAUUUAAAAUUGUUUAGGUGUCGAUGACUUGAAGUUAAUGAAAUUUUAACCAAUUACAAAUAUUAGAACACUUCAAUGUA